AUGCGAUCAAACGACAACAAUCUGCACAUGCAUGCAAAUAUGCAGCAACCAUAUACGACGCAUGCAGGUGCCGAGCGCUCGUGUGCGCAUCAGCACACCUACGUGCGGUGCCUAGGUGUGCGAGUUCGGAGACGACCGGAACACACGGGGCCGUUCGGCGGAAGCACCGUUGCCCAACAACAAUACAACGCACUCGUCUCCGUCACGACAAGCUCGGGAACGUGGCGGAAGCGACAGACUUGCAGCCUGCUUCUGCUCCUCCGGCCGGCCUGGCUUGGGCCCGAUGUCGGACCGACCACGUUGGAGGAAGCUCGAGCUUGGUCGCUCACCCCUCCCCGCGUCCCCCUUUUCCGUCGUCAUCGCGCAAGCACGACGAGCCCGAGUUUGCGAGCAUGCGUGCACAAGGGCAAGCAGGGCAGUUUCUUUGCUCACAUGCCGGUCCGAGAACAGAAGUGGACGCCAAGGGACGCCUUUCUCGCGACAGGAGCCAGCAACGGCCAGCCAACGACGGGUCGUCGACGGGACAGCGGCCCAUGGCCGGCCGCUGCUCGGACCUGA